AGUUAACAGUUGGCCAAGGCACGUAGCCACAACACGAUCAUCAGCACCGCAAUGCAUUUAGCGGAAUUGAAGCUCCAACUUGUUGCAAUAGCUUUGCUCUUCUGCUUGGUCAAUGGCCAGGAUGAUGGAGAGAAGAGUCACUCGACUUCUGUGGCCGGAAUGGUCGAUCUCUUGAAGCUGGAAACCCUGCUCGUCGAGAAUCUCAGCAACUAUGCCGAUGAGCUGGAAAAGAAGCUGCAAACAGUGCGCAGUUUUGUGCAUGACAUGCGCAAUGAAAAUAACAAGGCCAAGAGCCAGACUGAGCAUUAUUUGGCCAAUCCAUUGAACGCCUUUUCUCUGAUUCGUCGCAUGCAUGAGGAUUGGACACAUUGGCAGCAUUACAUGGAGCAGCCGGUGGGUGUAACUCAAGUGGAAUAUUUAAAGGCGAAUAGGGAGCUUCUGCCCUCCAGCACAGAUCUCGAGGAGGCAGCUGAUUCCAUUCACCGCAUUGUGGGAACCUACGACAUACAGGUGUCCAACAUGGUCAAGGGGCUGCUCAAUGGAAAGCAAUACAAUGUCAGCAUGAGUGCCUUGGACAGCUAUGCCAUGGGCAAGUAUCACUAUGAUCAGCAGAAUUUUGGUUAUGCCAGUCAGUGGAUCUUCCAGGCCAUUGAUUGGCUAACAGCUGUCCAUCAUAAGUUGCCAUUACCCCUAGAUCUAGAUAGGUCUGAAGUGCUGCUUCUUUAUGCCGAAUCUCUCAUCCAAAUGAAUCGUUAUGGCGAUGCUCUCAAGGUAAUCAAUUCUGCAAUAACAUACAGAACUGAUAAGGUGAAAUUGUUGCUACGUAAGUCGGAAGUGGAGACCUUGAUAAGAAUGGAGCCUAAGGUUCUACCCAAGCCGUUCGUGAAGCAGCAAGUGGGACCCUAUGAAAUAGGCUGCCGUGGCCAGUUUCCCAUUAAAUCUCAACUCCACUGUCUUUACAACAGCACGAACUCUCCAUUCCUGCGACUGGCACCUCUAAAAAUGGAGCUGGUGGGACUGGAUCCCUAUAUGGUGAUCUAUCAUGAUGUCAUCUCACCCAGCGAGAUCCUCGAGCUUCAGAGCCUGGCUGGACCGACUCUGAAACGUGCCACAGUCUAUCAACAUGCCACAGGCCGCAAUAGUGUGGUCAAAACCCGCACCUCAAAGGUGACCUGGUUGCCAGACAUCUCAAGUCCGUUAACAGUCCGUCUCAAUAAAAGGAUAUCAGAUAUGACGGGCUUUGAUCUCAACGGCUCUGAGAUGUUACAGAUGAUGAACUACGGACUUGGUGGACACUAUGACAAGCACUAUGAUUUCUUCAAUUCCUCCACAGCCACAGAAUUAACUAAACUUAACGGCGAUCGCAUUGCAACCGUUCUCUUUUACCUAUCGGACGUGGAACAAGGGGGCGCUACGGUAUUCCCCAACAUUGAGAGGGCGGUAUUUCCUAAAAAGGGUGCUGCCAUUAUCUGGUACAAUUUGAAGCACGAUGGUGAGGGUGACACUCGAACUUUGCACGCUGCCUGUCCCGUUAUUGUGGGCUCCAAAUGGGUCUGCAAUAAAUGGAUACGUGAGCGUGAACAGCUUUUCAGAAGACCGUGUCUUAAGAUAUGACCACUCUCAGAAAUGAUUCUCGAAACACGUUAUGUAAAUAGAUAUUAUACUCAAAGAGAAUUUACAGUACUUAAUAGAUUUUAAAUAAAGAAUACAAUAUAUUUCACAGAGAAUACUAA